AAGAAGGAGAAGAAGAAGGCGGGCAUGGACAUGAGCCGCUACGAGCAGCGCUGCAUCGCGCUCUGGAUCUCCUACGAGGGCGGCGCCUACAGCGGCUUCGCGGAGCAGAACAUCCCCGGCGCGGGCGUCGACACCGUCGAGCGCCAGCUCUUCGCGGCGCUGAAGAAGACGUGCCUCGUCGAGUCGCGCGAGUCGUGCGGCUACUCGCGGUGCGGCCGCACGGACAAGGGCGUGUCGGCGCUCGGGCAGGUCGUCGGCCUGCGCGUGCGGUCCGCGGCCAGGGCCGGCGAGCCCCUCGACUACGUGAACAUGCUGAACCGCGUCCUGCCCGACGACGUGCGGGCCCUCGCCUGGCGGCCCGUCGUGCCCGAGUUCAGCGCGCGCUUCUCCUGCGCGUCGCGGACCUACCGGUACUUUUUCCCCGCGACGUCGCCGAACACGGGCGCCGCGUACGACGUGCCCGCGAUGGCCGCGGCGGCGGCGCGCCUCGUCGGCGACCACGACUUCCGCAACUUCUGCAAGAUGGACGUGCUCCACGUGAAGAACUUCCGGCGGGUCGUCUACGCCGCGGACGUCCGCAAGACGGGCGACGGCUUCUUCUUCGAGAUCCACGGGCAGGCGUUCCUGUGGCACAUGGUCCGGUCGCUCGUCGCGGUCCUCUUCCUCGUCGGCGAGGGGCUCGAGCCGCCGGCGGUCGUCGACGCGCUCCUGGACGUCGCGCGGACCCCGCGCAAGCCCCAGUACCUCAUCGCCGACGAGCGGCCCCUCGUGCUCCACGACUGCGCGUUCGACACGCUG